AUGGAUAUUAUAAUUUGGAAUUUUACAUAAGGAACGUUACAAUUAUCAAAUCAAUUUAGUGUAUGUUUAAUUUUUUAGUUUUUAGCAAAAAAAUGAAUUUGCUUUAUUUCUGGAUCUUGGGAUAAGUUAAUCAUUUGUUGGAAAUAAAUUAAUAACAAUUAAUGGAAAUGGUCAUAACCAUACCAUUAACAUACUUAUUGGGUUUCAUGUUUAAUAUUAAAUAUAUAAGAGGAUCAACUCAUUUCACGGGGUAGAGAUGAUUCAAUUAAAAUUUGGAAUGUAGAUUUUAUAAAGAAUGAAUUAACUUAUCUUUAUUCUUUAGAUAAUACUCAUUUUUUCUAUUCAAUAAUAGUAUAAAUAAGAUGUUACUUAAGGAUUCAAAAUAUACUUUAUGGAGGAUUAAUAAUUUCUUUUGGUGACAAAAGAUAAGAAUAUUGAUUAAAUUUUAAUUUUUUAAUUGUAGGAUGGAGUAUUCAAAUUGAUUUAAGACAAAACUAUUCAAUGA